AUGGAAGAUUCCUUAAUGUGUGUGAUUUCAUUUAACAGUAAUGCAACCCUCAUUAAAGUCAAUUCGACAACAAUAUUUGCUGAAUUGAAGAUGAUCGUUGCAGAGAAUUUUAGAGAAUCGUACGAAAGUUUGUUGAUAAGUUACUCUAUCGAGAAGUUUCCCAAUGUCUCAUUUGAGCUUUCAAAAGAUGAAGAUAUUCUCAACAUGAUAGAUUAUCAUCGUUCAAUGGGGUUAAAUACAGUAACCAUGACUGUUACUAAAAGAGAUGAAGGACCCACUCAUGCCAUAGGGACAGAAACGGAGCUUAGUGUUCCUAAUGUUAGCACACAGUCAUCAGAGCAUAUCGAGGAACCUUAUGAGAGGAUCACAAUCGAGGAAUCAGAGAGGAUCCCAAACGACAACCCUCAAGGAGAGCAUGUGUGGAUGAUGAACGAUGUAGUAAGUGACUCGUCACGGAUCCCAGCAUGGUGGCACGAGGCAAUUACUGGAAAAGGGCAGCAAUUUGAAAGUGCAAAAGAAGUUAGAAUGGCUCUUAUAUACUACUCUAUAGCUAAGAAGUUUGCUUUUAAUUAUGUUAACAAUGAGCCAAAACGUAUUCGUGCUAGUUGCAUGUUCAGAAAAGAAACAAAAUGCCCGUGGUUGCUUUUCGCUUCACCAUUGAGGAAUGUGUCAACCUUUGCUAUAAAAAAAUUUGUUCCUCAACAUACAUGCGGACAACAUAACAGCACAGCUGGUCACUUCAGAGCAUCAAGAAGGUGGAUUGCGAGUAUGCUACAAUCAGUUAUGAAGAGGCGUCCAUAUAUUACCCCAACUGACAUUAGAAAGGAAUUGCACUCUCAAUAUGGAUUAAGAGUUAAUUAUUCUAAAGCUUGGCGUGCUAAGGAGACGGCAAAAGACCAAAUAUUUGGUUGUGCAAGGCAUUCAUAUGAUUUAUUAUCCUGGUACCAAAUGAAGGUGAUGGAAACAAACCCAGGAAGUGUCUUCACCAUUGAACAAGAAGACACGAGAUUCAAACGUUUAUUUGUGUCGUAUGGUGCAUGCAUACAGGGGUUUCUCAAGGGAUGUAGGCCAUUGCUCUUUCUAGAUGGGACUUUUCUGAAGGAUCGCUACAAAGGGAUCCUAUUAGGUGCGACUGCUUAUGAUGGUAAUCAAGGCAUAUUUCCACUCGCAUUUUCCGUUUGUGACCAAGAAAAUGAAGCGAAUUGGAGUUGGUUUAUUCAAGGAUUGCGGUAUAUAUUGUACAAUCGAACAGAACCAUACAAUCCACCCCAUCCUCUUGUAAUUCUGUCAGACGCCGACAAAGGAAUAAAGCAAUCUUUGAAAAAUAUAUUUCCAGAUGCGUACCACUCUAGGUGUGUACUUCAUCUUGUUGAGAAUUAUAAAUUGAAGCUUAGAGAGAUGGGUUUUGCCUCAAGUGCGGCUCAACGUAUUUCAAAAUUAUUGGAGUUUGCUGCAUACAAGUACACAGAAAGAGAAUUUAAAGCUGUUUUACAUCAGAUUAGGAUGACAGAUCAAAGAGCUUACCAAGUAGCUCUAAGUUAUGGACCAAGUAAUUGGGCGAAUUCCGUAUUUCCUGGUAUAAGAUAUGGUCAUAUCACUUCCAACGUUGCUGAAUCUUUCAACAGUUGGAUUCGUGUGGCGAGAACACUUCCCAUUUGUGAUAUGAUGGAUCACAUUCGUGUACAAAUUAUGGAAAGAAUGAAUACUCGCCGCGUGAUGGCAACAAAUUGGAAUAGCUAUCUAUGUCCAGAAGCGGAAAAAAUCCUCCAAGAAAAUGUCACCAAGGGAAGCACUCUUGAAGUAUCGCAUUCUACAGCUGAAAUCUUUGAGGUAUCAUCACAAAAAUCAGUACAAGUUGAUUUGGAUCACAAAACAUGCACGUGUCGUGCAUGGGAUAUAUUGAGAAUACCAUGUAAACAUGCGUGUGCUGCUAUCAACUUUAUGCAUAGAGAGAUGUGUACCAGUUUUGCGAUUGGUUCAUGA